UCCCUAAAGGACUCGGAAGAAAAACAGAAUUUAGAGAGAGAGAAAAGAGAGAUAGGAGAGAUGGGGUUCAUUGUCGAAGGAGAGGACAGUGGCGACGUCGCUUUGGAGCCGCCUCCCAAUUUUUCGAUGGUGGAAGAAGGCAUUUACAGAUCUAGUUUCCCACAACCCUCUCAUUUCGCAUUCUUAGAAACCCUAAACCUUCGAUCCGUCAUAUAUUUGUGUCCAGAGCCCUAUCCAGAGGAAAAUUUGGAGUUUCUUCGAUCCCAUAAUAUCCGGCUUUUCCAGUUCGGGAUUGAGGGGAAAACGGAGCCUUCUCUUGCUACACUCAGGGAUGCCAUCAGAGGAGCUCUCAAGAUCUUAAUUGAUGUGAGAAAUCAUCCUAUUUUGAUCCAUUGCAAACGCGGGAAGCAUCGAACGGGUAGCCUAGUCGGUUGCUUGAGGAAAUUGCAGAAUUGGUGCUUGGCAUCGGUAUUUGAGGAGUAUCAACGUUUCGCCGGCAUCAAAUCCAGGAGUGCUGAUUUGAGAUUUAUAGAGACAUUUGACAUCAUAUACCUAAGGCAGUGUCUUCACAGCAUCAUUUAUCAGUAUCAAGGAUAUGGUUCAAAAAAGAGGCGGUUGCUUUACGGAGAAGAGAGUGUACAGAAACCUCAAAUUACUUCGAUUUAAAGAGAGGAUUCAUCGGCACAUCGACAGAAAGGAAUUCACAUUGGUUUAAGGAAGCAUUUUCUUUUCUUUUCUUUUCUUUUCUUUCUUGUCUAAAGUUACCACUUGAAAUUAGAUUUUGCAAUUUGCUCCCCGGAAACCCAACUGUGAAAAAAGUAGUACUGUUUUCUUAGAGUACUUUUUUCCAAUUGGGACAUUAGGUUCAAUCUUAUUAUACAUACAUACGAGGAGAAGCAUUUGUGCAAAUAGGUUGUGUGCAUAUGGUUAUUUCUAGCAUAGGAUGAAGUUUGCAUUUACUGAAAUUUUAUACCCAAGAAGAUCAAUGAAGAAAUUGCUCUUUCUCUC